AUGUCUGAUAUCAAAUCAAAAGGAGGCGCGACAAUCGAGGAGGGCGACACUGUCAGCACGCCUGUCGAGAAAAUCAUUACAAGCGACACGCAGGCCAAAAAGGACCUGGAAAAUGUCAAGGGCGCCGGCCACCCGCCCGCGGUCGUCUUCACGGAUCAGAAUGAUAAGAAGGUCGCGCAUAAGCCCGGCACGGUGACGGAUUUGGAUAAGGAGAGUUGA